GGGCUCCUGACAUCGUCUUCUUUGUUUCUUUUAAUUUCAUUAUUAUAACUUUAUCGCUAAGUAUCGUAUCAUCUACCCUGCUCAGUACAAGGUUCGGGCUUUGGUUGUGACAAGCCCACCUAGUUGACUACUUGUAAAAUGCACGCCUCGGCCAACUGAAUUCCCAAAAGCCAACCACGCGUCGGUGUGCAAAGUAGAGCUGUUCUUAUGUUGCUGACCAGAAUUUAACACGUUUGACGCCAAAGUACCACCCGAAUCAUGAUGAAGGGCGGUGACCUGGAAAUAACAACAUGCGACGCUGCUCACUGGCCAGAGCAAGAGAACGACCAUAGCCGUUCCCGGCGCCUGGAGAAGCCCGGGGAUCCCACAACCUGGCCCCGUUGGCGAAAGUGGUCGAUAGUGAUCUGCGUCUCCUUGAUGUAUAUGUUGGCGUGGGUACAUCCUACUAAAGCUCGCUGCUGAUCCGUAUCCGUUAUUCACCCUUAGUGCAGUAACUUCGGAACGAUCAUCAUCGUCCCAGCUGUACCAACCAUCCUCUCACACUUUCAUGUCUCAGGUAAUAUCUAUCAGCCCUUGAUCGUCUCCAUCUGGGAGUUGGGCGAAGGUGUGGGGUCAUUUGUAGUCGGGCCGUUGUCAGAGCAGUACGGGCGCAACAUCGUCUACCAUGGCGGUAACCUUCUCUUUAUCCUCUGCUCCGUCGCGGCCGCGCUGAGCCAAAAUAUCUCCAUGCUGGUGGCCUUCCGCUUCUUGAACGGGAUGGCAGUCACCUCCCUCACCCUCGCUCCGAGCAUUAUUGGAGACCUAUUCGUCCAGGAAGAACGAGGGACCGCAAUGGCGGUGGCCAUUGCUCUUCCGUUAAUCGGGCCCUGCGUGGCCCCGAUUGUUGGCGGGUUCAUCAACAGCACCCUUGGCUGGCGAUGGACCAUCUGGAUUAUGGUGAUAGCCGUCGGUAGCAUAUCCCUAUUGUCCCUAGCUGUCUUCAAAGAAACCUACCGGUUCAAAAUCCAGCAACAGUCGCGAACGUCGACCGAAACGUCACAGGAUCGUAGCGACGGGAAUCACAAACACACAUCAUCUCGCAACCACCCUUCCGCACCUCAUGACACGAUCCUCAAGUCUAUUAUCCGUCCGAUGCGGUUACUCUUCUCUUCUCCAGUGGUGCUAGUCAUGUCCUUCUACACGGCGCUGGCGUACGGUAUCUCCUAUCUGAUCCUGACAACUCUGGCGGAGGUCAUGCAGAGAACGUACGGCUUCGGUGAUGGUCCAGUGGGCAUCACCUUUCUCGGUCGAGCAAUCGGCAACAUAAUCGGACUAUGCGUCUACGGCCUGGUUUCUGACCGGUACGUCAGACGAUGCCGCGCGAUAGAAGGGGAGUCGAGGCCAGAACAUCGCCUCCCACUAAUGAUUUUCGGCACCGCUAUGCUCCCCGUCGGCUUAUUACUGUAUGGCUGGUCGGCCAACAAACACGUCCACUGGAUUGUGCCUCUCAUUGGUACCGGCAUAAUCGGGUUUAGUAUGCUUCUGACCAAACUGCCCACGGAAAACUACCUCGUCGACGCGUUCGAUGAGCAGGGCGUCUCCGCCUCUGCCCUAUCCGCUAAUGCCACCCUGUGUGCGCUUUUCGGGGCCUUCUUUCCACUCACUGGCCCGUCAUUGAAUCACUCGCUCGGCUUGGGCUGGGGAAACUCUCUCCUUGCAUUUCUGUCGUUGGUAUUUUUGCCACUGUUUACUGUGCUGUGGUUCCAUGGAGAGGGAUUCAGGAAGUCGGGGUGGGCGUACCUCUGGAGGAGUAAUACUCCUCCUAACUGUGUAGAAAUUUAAGCAGACAGGGGCAUAGUGUACUAGGGCGUUGCCUGUUUGGCAAGAUAUACUCUGAGAGGGAUAAUAUAUAAUCCAUAGUUGGAAGCUCAAGAGAUAUAAAAGUUC